UCCUUCGCUAGAUGUCACUAGUAGAUUUGGGAAAGAAACUUUUAGAAGCUGCACGAGCAGGUCAAGAUGACGAAGUUCGCAUUUUGAUGGCAAAUGGAGCACCUUUUACCACAGAUUGGUUGGGAACAUCUCCACUUCAUCUAGCAGCACAGUAUGGACACUACUCGACAACAGAAGUGUUGCUGCGAGCAGGUGUAAGUCGGGAUGCCAGAACCAAAGUUGACAGAACCCCAUUGCAUAUGGCAGCAUCAGAAGGCCAUGCCAGCAUAGUAGAAGUGUUACUUAAGCACGGUGCUGACGUCAAUGCGAAGGACAUGCUCAAAAUGACUGCACUUCACUGGGCUACUGAACAUAACCACCAAGAAGUUGUAGAACUCUUAAUAAAGUAUGGAGCAGAUGUUCACGCUCAGAGUAAAUUUUGCAAAACAGCAUUAGAUAUUGCAGUAGACAAUGGAAAUGAAGACCUUGCAGAAAUAUUACAGAUUGCAAUGCAGAACCAAAUCAAUACGAAUCCAGAGAGUCCAGACACUGUGACGAUACAUGCAGCAACACCGCAGUUCAUCAUUGGACCUGGAGGGGUGGUGAACCUAACAGAUGAAACAGGAGUGUCUGCUGUCCAGUUUGGAAAUUCAUCAACAUCGGUAUUAGCCACAUUGGCAGCUCUAGCAGAAGCAUCGGCUCCGCUGUCUAAUUCUUCAGAAACACCAGUUGUGGCCACAGAAGAGGUCGUGACUGCAGAAUCUGUGGAUGGUGCUAUUCAGCAAGUUGUCAGUUCUGGAGGUCAACAAGUUAUUACUAUAGUUACUGAUGGCAUUCAGCUUGGUAAUCUGCAUUCAAUUCCAACCAGUGGAAUAGGGCAGCCAAUCAUUGUGACCAUGCCAGAUGGACAGCAAGUAUUAACAGUUCCAGCAACAGACAUUGCUGAAGAAACUGUGAUAAGUGAAGAACCGCCAGUGAAGAGACAGUGCAUUGAGAUUGUUGAAAAUCGUGUGGAGUCUGCAGAAAUAGAAGAAAGAGAAACUCUUCAGAAACAGCUGGAUGAGGCAAACAGAGAAGCACAAAAAUACCGUCAGCAGCUUCUAAAGAAAGAACAAGAAGCAGAGGCCUAUCGGCAGAAGUUAGAGGCGAUGAACCGCCUCCAGACUAAUAAAGAAGCUGUUUAAUAAAAAACGAACAUACUGCAAAGCCUGUUACUUUCCAACACCUGCAGUGCAAUCUUGAACUGUACGCUGUAUAGGUACAGACACAGGAUUACAUGAUAGAGAAGAUGCUACAAGUUGAUAACUGGACUUAAGCCGUGAGCUCUGGUGAAUUUCUUGUAACAUAAAAACUCUGAAUUUAGAAAUUGUGAAAAGUAUUUAAAAUGAAAUACUGUAAAUAGUUGUUUUUUUUACAGUUUCAAAAUGAGUUGAUAAAUCUUUUUGAAGGGAUCCAGAAACACGAGAAGCCAAUGUUUUUGUGAAAUUUUUGAUUUUAGUAUGAAUCUAACUUCUGAAAAACAGAACAGUUUUAAGGGUGAUGUUGUUGAUUUAAUCUGACAAUUUGAAAAUGAAUUAUGCGACAAAAUUAAUUAACAGUUAUUUCUACACGGUAACAACUUAAACUUCUCCGAAUAAGACAUUUCCUGGUGGAAAUCUUUGUACAGCUUUCACUAGUUGUCUCAGAUUCUCUGAAAAACAUUUUUUUUUUUUUUUUUAUUUUAGGCAGUGAAAUUUUUAUAUUUAAUUUCAGAUAUAUCCAAGUAGAUUUACAUGUAUAUGAAGCUAAUAUUUUUUAAACUUUUCAGUUUGUACAUAUGCUGCAUGUUUUUAUAAUUUCUACACAUACAUCUUGCAUAGGUAUUUUUCAGCAAAGACGAGAAAAAUUAUGAAAAAAAAGUUUAGCCUAUAAGGUCAUUUGAAGUAAGCUAGCUGCCAGUUUUAUUGUGGAUGGUAUAUUUCUUGGAAAAAUGUAAUUUGUAAUUAAAAAGGACAAAAAAAAAUUUACAUAUUAGAGGCAAUUUAAAAUUUGGUAGUGGAGGCAUUGAAACUUCACUUUGUGUGUCUGUACAAACAUUUUAAGGUUCAGUAACGAAUAGAAAGGAAUGUCUCCACUGGAACACAAAUAGUAGUUCUUUUAGAAUAUUCCUAUUGAUCUCUUUUCCCCAAUAGCCUUGAAAUUACUUCAGUGAUACAUUUUUUCUAAACAGACUUUUGCAUUUUAAUUAUGCGAUUGGACAAGUAAUUUUUUUAUGUUGUAGUGAUGCUGCUCUUACCUGGCAUCAUUGUUCUUCACUGUGAUACUGUGUUUGUGUGUGUCUGUGCAGUGAUCUAUUAUGCUUAGGAUUUAUAUAGCACGUUACAUCUUCAGAGCAUUGUAAAAUCUUUUAAAGAACCCUUACUGUACUGCCUGAGGCAGGUGAGUGAGUGUUAUUGUCUCAAUUUUAUAACUGGUAUGAGCACAACACAGGGAGUGUUAAAUGACUGGCCCAAGACCACGUGAACCUGUGGUAGACCUGGGAAUAGAUCUCAGGAGUUCCUGGCUUCUAGUCCUGUGCUUAGACUGAGCUGCCUUAAGAUUGUUCAGUGCUGUGUUACAUUAAGUUUUGAACUACUGUGCAGAUUACUUUUUUGUAAGAUAAAACUCUGUGCUUUGCUUUGUUGUUCCAUGUUUCACUGCUUUUAUGGAAUUGUUUAUAUAAACUUAAGCAAAAAGUCUAGUUUACCUAUACUGUACACAGAAGAAUUACCCUUAAAACUGUACUCUGGCCUACUUUUUCUAUUUUACAAUUAAAUAUCUUUUCCACAUA